UAUAUUUGUAUAUUUGAGUAUUUUACAGUAUUGUAGGCUAUUAGUACUUUUACAUAGGUUAUUUAUAUGAAUGCUUCAGUAGGUGGCGGUAGAGCAGUAACACAACAUCACUGCAGAGAAAUGAAAUGGAGGAAGAAGAAGCUGCAGCGAAUAACGACAACAGAAAAACAGAACUGUGCCAGAAAUGAGCUGCACUUUCCACCUCCUGGCUUCCCACAGUGACUUCUUCUACCAUGGCCGUUUUCUGCUUGUCCUGUCUCGACAGCCCCUGUGGCUCAGAGCUCUCAGCUCCAGCCCACAGAUCAGCUGCAGCUUACGAGAGAGCUACAGGCUUCUGCAACUGCCUGAUGAGGGGCACAGCAGUGCUAUGCAGGUGAAAGAGGCCUACCUGCGCCUGGCAAAGCUCUACCACCCAGACUCUGGGGCCCCGACUGCAAAUGCAGUGCUGUUUGCUCAGGUUGAAGAAGCCUACCGUGCUGUCCUGGCACAUCAGAGCAAGACCAGGAGACCUGAUGAAGGCAAAGAAGUGGAAGAUGAGGAUAAGAUCAGAGGUGCAGCACUUCAACACAGACACUACCUCAGCUAUGAGGGUAUGGGUUCAGGCACACCCAGCCAGCGCAAGCGUCAGUACCAGCAGAUUCGUGUCGACCGGGCGUCCGAACAGGUUUUAAACUACUGGCAGAGGGAGCACGAGAGGGCAGCCGCUGCAGAGGGAGCACUGGUGGAACGGGACGUGCGUCAGCGCAGCCAAAAGAUCAAGAUCACCCAGGCUGUGGAACGGCUUGUGGAGGACCUCAUCCAGGAGUCCAUGGCCCGCGGAGACUUCAGGAACCUCAGUGGAGCUGGAAAGCCUCUCAACAAGUUUGAGCACAAUCCGUAUGCUGAUCCUAUGACUCACAACCUCAACCGCAUCCUUAUAGACAAUGGUUACCAGCCACCCUGGGUCAUCACACAGCGCGACAUCCGGGAGACCACUGCUCAGAUCCGAAGUAGGUUACUGGAGGGAAGGACCAGGUUUGGGGACCCCAUGACCCCCAAAGAGCAAAGCCAGUGGGAGCAGCUGUGUGCAUCUGUAGAGGAGGACUUGGUGAAACUGAACAAGAUGGUGGACAAUUACAACCUCAUCGUACCAAUGCUCAACAUGCAAAUGGUUCACUUUAGUUUGUCUAGAGAGACUGACCGCGCUGCAAAAGGAGCCCGCCAACACAGACUGGACCAGCAGGCCGAGAGAGAAAAGGAUCGACAGAGGAGGAAGGAAGAGAAAAAAAGAGCCAACGCAGUACCUAAGCCUAAAAAUACCAAACGAGGCAUGAUGUCUUGGAUACAGAAUUGGCUCAGAUGAAAAAACUCUGAUGAAAAAAGUGAAAAGAAAAAUGAUUUCAGAUCAGUAGUUAUUUAUUCUUUUCACUCCAACCACUUCCCAUGGGGCAGUUUUUCAGACAGACUUGUUCACCUGCUUAUUUGCAAACAGUCUGAAUCAAAGUUAGAAAAGAAAUGAUCCACUUUACUACCAGUUUUACUCUGCAUUACUACUCUUAUUGUCCGGAUAUGCAGCAAUGUGAUCAGCUGGAAGAACGGUAGUCACUGUAAAGUCUGAGGAGCUACAUGUGUUGUUAACAGAGAUUACCACAUGGUACAAGUUGUUUCUGUAAAAUUACACCAAACACUGUACCUUUUGGUUGCUGUGUAACAUUAAAAGUUAAGCCUGGCAGUUGCUGCAGUGUUGCUGGGUUGCAGAUGAUGACUGGCUCCUUGCUGCAGGCUCUGUUACCUGCGGACUCCCUGUGCAGAGCC